UGCGCGCUCGUCAGAAACUGCGGGGCAAUGGGUAGAGGUGCCAAAAGCGACGAUGGCGGCUUGAGCUUCCGACUCUCUUGCGCUUCAGGAAAAAACGCAAACUUUAACCUCUUCAAAGUUUCUUCUUCAACCCAGUUCACAAACAAGCAGCCGGUGAGAAUGGAGCGUGACAGAGUUAAGAAGAAAAAGCCUGCGGCAUCUAAACCUGGCGGGGCUGUUAUGAUCUCUGGCGCCAGUCCUCGCCCACCUGUCAAUGACCUGCCAAUCACCAUGGCAGAGGACAAAGAUUUAAUCAUGGAGUAUACUGACAUCUUUGAAGCGUCCGGUGCUGCUCCAGUAAUAGAUGUCCAAGAUGGUGAUGCCAUUGAAGAAAGUAGUGACACCGAGAUUGUUGGUUACAGCAAUGAAAACACCAGCUACACCAAGUACGAUAGCGAUAGUGACUCAGACGUCAAGGAGGGGCCACCUCCCCUAGACAGUGAGGAUGACUAUGAGUAUGACGACAGUGAUUUAUGCUUUACCCCGCCCCAAGUACUCAGCGAUCACAGCCAGGAUCCUGUAUUGCUGUCGCCAACUAAGAGUAUGUCGAGCGGGCCAGAGAGUGACAGGGAACUCUUUAUUAGACCUAAGGACAAGUUGGCGAGGCAAAGCAGUGAGGAGAAUGAUGCGGGGUUCAGGGAAGGGCCUCCUCCUCUUGACAGUGAUGAUGACAAGGAGCAGGAGAAUGGAAUAACAGAGAAUGGGAUUAGGGAAGAUGAGGAGGAAGAAGAGGAGGAGGAGAAGGAGGAGGAAGGAAAAGGUGAGGAGAGACAUGAGGCAUCACAACAUCUCCCAAAUGAUGAUGACCCAGAUGAACCUGAAGAGACUCUGAUCCAUUUGGAUGAUGACACGCCUGAAAGGGUGUUAUCCUCGGAGGAGGAUCUGGGUAACUCUGAGAAUUACCAGAGUGAGCCCUUAAGAACUAGCUCACCCGAGCUGCUAACCAUAGUUAGGGAGAUAAGGCCAGAGCCGCCCCAAGAGCCGCCACCCUUGAUUAUCGCUUCACCAGUGGAGGAGGCCUCAGAAGAGGAGGAGAAGAAGGAUGAGGAAGAAGACAUGUUCUCAGGAGCGGAAUCUUCUGAGCGGGUAGUAACGCCAGAGUUUGGUAGACCUGAGUCAGAAUCUGAUGACAUGUUCUCGAACACAGAGGAGCCUUUACUGGACGAUGGGAACAGCCCAAGAGGGAGAACACCAGAAGGUUCGAGCCAAGAUGUGUCAGAGGAUGAGCAUCUAGAGGGAAGACCACUUCUUGACGCUAUCAAGAAGGUGCCUGAUGUUUCAGAAGAAGAAGAAGACGAUCUCCACGGAUCGCAUGAAAACUUGCUUAUUAGAGAGCACCCACAACCUGAACCGAGUUCUAAACAAGAGGAUAGUAAAGAAGGGAGAAAGGAUAGAUAUGAUGACGACGAUGAUGAGGACAGUUGCGGUGAGAAUGCUGGGCUUUUGACGAAAGAAACAAAGCCUAAUAAGGAUAUCUUUAGGAAACAAAAAACAGUACAGAAUACAUUUAGGACAUCUAAAACUAAAAGUAAUAUUGCGGAGCUUUCUAUGGCCGUGAAAAGUGCGGCACGCGCGAAGACUACUCAAAGUCAGAAUAUAACGAAGAACAAAGAAGAAAAGGCAAGUGAAGGAAAAGGCGAGCGAAAAAAGAACACAUCCCGACCCAGUAGCGUGACCAGUAGCCUUACUAGUAGUUCAGAGAAUUUAACCACGAAGAAUACAAAGCAAAAGUCCUUAUUAUUGAAAGAAUCGUCAACCCAACAGGAUAGAAAAAACAGUCCGCGCGGAGUGAGGGACAAUAAAAAAACUGUGAAGGCUGCCAAAGCUAGCGCCCCGGACGCUCGAAAGUCAGCACCGGGAAUAGCCAUCAAGGCUGACCCGGCAAAGAAAAAAAGCAAUGCCGCCCUUCCUGGAAAACCUCAAAAGAAGCCGGAGAACCCUGGUAAAACCCGAACUAAACCUGUGAACGGUAGGGAUUCUCGACAGAAGACCACUACAGAGGAACUUGGUAAGGCGUAUAAACGGAGCGCGGAAAAUCUUGCCGCUAAGCGGUCCAAUGAGCGAGCGCAAAGGCGGGAAGAGAGACAAGAGGGGAGUACCAAUGGUGAGAUAAGGAGAGAAAAGGGCAAGAAAGGAGUUACGAAGUCUGUUGCGAUCGGAACAGACGAAGAAAAUGUCGAUGAGACUAAAAGCCAAGAGGAAAAAAGUCCACGGACACAGCCCACGGCGGUUCACACAAAAAGCGUGCGAAAUGACAACAAGGCGAAGCGGCGAUCCUACGAGGACAAAGCUUCAGCGGUCUCUCCCCAGAGUAUAGGCGUGCACAACCAUCACUCCAAGACGCACCCCGCGCAUGCGCAUGGGAAGCACGAGCGGGGUAAGCAUAUCUGGCUGUGUCGGGAUGACGAGAUUCAUAAACUGAUUGCGCAGAAGGCCUCUCUACUCAAGGAAUACGAGACCGGAAGCCUGGCGGGACGCAAAGUCUUUUCAGCCCAGAAAAAAAGGACGCGCAGUCAAGAGAACGUGUCGCAAGUCCCGGAUGUGGACUUUGCGGGUAACAAGCAAAGGUCCCGCGGGUCACGCCCGUUGAGCGAGGUGAUCCCGGAGCGCGCGCCUUACGCGUCACGCAAACGCGAGAACCGGCGCUCACUACAGCCAAGAUGUUCUGGCUCUUCCUCGGAGGACGAAGAUGAGAAAACAAAUAGAGCCGCUGGCGCCCGCCGUGCUCAUGGGUCAGCGGGUACAUUUUCUGUCGGCAUGGCGUCACGUGACCUAUCGUCGAAACAAAGCCAAGAUUCGGACCACGACGAAACGUGCGAAUACUGUCAAGCUGAAAAGGCGGCGAAAAAGGCUCAAGAACGUGAUCUAGCAUGGGAAGGUCCUCAUCACCCGAGAAAUCUUCUCCUUGGAGUCGUGUACACGGCAAAGUAUCUCGGUUCGUCGCAAAUCAUGUCUCCCCAGUCUCCCAACCGAGCAGUGCGCAUGCAGCAGGCACAGGAGGCUGUAGGAAGAAUCAAGGUCCCCGAGGGAGAGGAUCAACCGACCACUGAUGUAGAUAUUUUCAUAUCGACUGAGAGAAUCAAAGUCGUCAAUUCCCAAAGCAAGGAAGUCAUGAUGGACCACGCCCUACGCACCGUCUCCUUCAUAGCGGAUAUCGGGGACGUAAUGGUCCUGAUGGCGCGGAGACCCCCCGGCGAGCAAGAGAACCCAUUGGAGACCAAGCCCUCGGCUCAACAGAUCCUUGCGAGCGUCGGCAAGGCCGAGACAGAUCCCAAGAUGAUUAAGAUCACGUGCCACGUAUUCCAAGCAGAUGAGGCACAAGUAAUCGCGAAGAGCAUCGGCCAGUCGUUUAACGUGGCCUACCAAGAGUUUCUCAAGUCUAACGGGAUCUCCGAGGACAGCGUGGAGGACGCCGAGUACAACUGCGUGUUAGAAGCGCAGAAAAUCUUGGGCGAAGACCUCUCUCUACUCUCGGACGAAACUAAAGCCAGAGAGGUGGUGGUGAACAAGAAGCCAGGGGAGGCUUUAGGAGUGAUGAUCGUCGAGUCAGGCUGGGGCUCCAUGAUCCCCACCGCCAUCAUUGCGCACCUCGCUAAGGACGGGCCCGCCGCUAAGUCAGGCCGAGUCAACGUGGGCGACCAAAUCCUCUCGGUGAAUAACACAAGUCUGGUCGGGUUGCCUCUACCGGAGUGCCAGAACGUCAUCAAGAAUUCUCGGCCCGGUACCAAGGUGACGCUCAAGACGGUCUCCUGCCCGCCCACUGUCCAGGUGGUGGUCAACCGUCCAGACACCAAGUACCAGUUAGGAUUCAGCGUCCAGAACGGAAUGAUUUGCAGUCUGAUGCGCGGGAGUAUAGCUGAGCGAGGCGGCGUUCGCGUCGGCCACAGAAUAAUCGAGAUCAACGGUGAAAGUGUCGUUGCUACGUCACACCAGCACAUCGUGGACCUUUUGGCGACCACUAUAGGGGAGAUCCGAAUGAAGACCAUGCCAGCCUCCAUGUACCGGCUACUCGUAGGACUCGACGCGCCGCAGCAUAUCUGACGAGUGAUCAGACUCCACUUGCUCACACAGCGAGUCAAAUUACCACGAAUAGCAAGCGGCAAAUACCCGAAAUAACUCAAAUUUCUACCAGACGAGUUCCUGGUGAAUCCAUAAAUGCCACUUGCAACAAUGACGGCGAAACAAGCGUGAGCUUUUUCUUGGAAAUAAUUUCUUGGAAACUUAUGGGCAAAUAAGUCAAUCAAGUUGGGUGUGGCCGAUUUACCAUCAAUCACUGAUCAUGUGGUCAUGAUCAGGGCUGGUCGCGUGUUUACCAGUAUUGUCACGUGUUCAUCCGACCUUUGGCAAGUGCAAAAUUGUCCCACGUGCUAACCGGAAAUGCACACGUGCUCAAAAGUUCCUCGAAUUCUUCCCAAAGUCGAAUAUUCGGACAAUAAUCGGACGACGGUCGUGAAGCUAGGAAGAAAUAAGGAAUCUAGAGGGGAUGGAAGAUAUAUAGUAGAGUAUCAUUUUAAUGUAUUUAUUAGCGCGAAUGGCGACGUUUCUACGGUUUGUAUUAAGAUAUAUGUCAAAUUCUUAAGUUCGUUGGAAGACGCUACUGUAAAAUAGAAUAUUAGCGAUGACACAAGAUGAAAGUUGUAAAAAAAUAGUUUUGUAAGUUAACUGUAUAAGGAUUUCGCUAAGCGCUUCUCACUGGGGGCUUGGGAUAAUAUGGAUUAUGUAGUGACUAAUUCCUAUCCUUGAAGGGCUCUGAAUUAUUACAAAAUAGGGUAAUUUUCUAAAUGUCGCUGCCAUGUCCGCUCGAUUGGCUCUCGGGGCCCAGUACGAAUGCACACAAUCUUUCCAGACUCCUGUAAUAGUGCAAACAUCGUCCGACAUUAAGACAGAUUAAAACUUCUCAGCACCAGGAAACACGAUCUCCACAACUCAUUACUAUUCUCUCAGAAUAUUACGGUUUUCCCAGCGAUACAUUGCUAACCAAUAGCUGAUAUUAAACUAUCCUUUGAAAAAUCCUGGUUCCACCACUGCUUUUCUAAUAAACGCGUAAAGGAAAGUAACGACAA